AUGAACAUUACAUUUAUUUAUAUCUUCAGAUGAAAUGAAGAGAAUGUUACUAGAAUAAUCACAUCUGAAUAAAGGAAAUGCAAGGAGAAAAUUUCACUGUUUGGAGAAUUUUUAUCCUGGAGGGAUUUUCCCAGUACCCAAGGUUAGAGAUUGUUCUGUUUGUCAUCAGCCUUGUAAUGUAUCUGGUUACCCUCCUGGGUAAUAGCACUCUUAUUUUAAUCUCUGUCCUGGAUUCACGCCUUCAAACCCCCAUGUACUUGUUCCUUGGAAACCUCUCCUUCAUGGAUAUCUGUUACACAUCUGCUUCUAUUCCUACUUUGCUGGUGAACUUGCUGUCAUCCCAGAAAACCAUUAUCUUCUCUGGGUGUGCUGUACAGAUGUACCUGUCCCUUUCCAUGGGCUCCACAGAGUGUGUGCUUCUGGCUGUCAUGGCCUAUGACCGUUACGUAGCCAUCUGCAACCCACUGAGGUACCCCAUCAUCAUGAACAGGCAAGUCUGUGUGCAGAUGGCCACUGUCUCCUGGGUAACAGGCUGUCUGACCGCCCUGCUGGAAACCAGUUUUGCCCUGCAGAUUCCAUUCUGUGGGAAUCUCAUCGAUCACUUCACAUGUGAAAUUCUGGCAGUGUUAAAAUUAGCUUGCACGAGCUCACUUCUCAUGGACAUGGUUAUGCUGGUGGUCAGCAUCCUCCUCCUGCCCAUUCCCAUGCUCUUGAUUUGCGUCUCUUACGCCUUCAUCCUGUCUACUAUUCUGAGAAUCAGCUCAGCAGAGGGAAGAAAGAAAGCUUUUUCUACUUGUGGUGCACACUUGACUGUGGUGAUCUUAUAUUAUGGGGCUGCCCUCUCCAUGUACCUGAAACCCUCCUUGUCAAACUCACAAGAAAUAGACAAAAUCAUCUCGCUACUUUAUGGAGUGCUUACCCCUAUGUUGAACCCCAUAAUCUACAGUUUAAGAAACAAAGAAGUAAAAGAUGCUGUGAAGAAACUGCUGGGCAAGUACCAUUGACAUCAAGCACACGAACAUCU